UCUGCCAGCGUGGAAUACGGAGCGCCAGUCCAGGAAGUUAACAUUUACAGGAGUUAGCUGUUCAGCCGUCAAUAUAAUAAUAUUCCCCACGUCCAUACAGACUGGAUAGGCGGCGUAUCCUUUUCUCAAGCUUUUCAACUGUCUGAAGGCACCGCGUCACAAGUCUGACUUCUGACCGUAGAUGAUGGUCGACCCCACACUCGCUGAAAUGGGCAAGAACCUCAACGAGGCCAUGAAGAUCUUGGAGGAUGGCCGAAAUGCAUCAGAUCCGGAUGCAGAUAGACAACAGUUCAGCAGGAGUAGUAUCCCUGGACCCCUACAGGGAGAUGGGCAGGAUGUGGCCAGUAUACUCCAGCUGGUCCAGAAUCUCAUGCAUGAAGAUGAGGAGGAAGACAGGCCAAGCCAUCGCAGGAUGCAGAAUGUCGGAGAGCAGGGUCACAUGGCGUUGCUAGGACACAGCCUAGCAGCCUACAUCUCCGUGCUGGACAGGGAGAGACUCAGGAAGCUGAUCACACGCAUCGCGUCUGACACAACACUCUGGCUCUGCAGACUCUUCAGGUAUGAGAGUGGCUCAGCAUACUACCAUGAAGAUGACAGAGAGGGCCUGCUGAAGGUGUGUCGCCUGGUCAUCAACACCCGCUAUGAGGACUACUCCACAGAGGGCUACACCGUGCUCAACUCCAGACAGCCUGUAAUUUACCAGAGCGCCACCUGCAGGCCUGGCCUGGGACAGCACCUCUGCAGCCAACUGGCUCUGCCUCUGUCCAGCCUGUGUACCGUCCCCUGCAACACCAUGUUUGGAUCCCAGCACCAAAUGGACAUUGCCUUGCUGGACAAGCUGAUCAGAGAGGAUGUGGAGACUGGGAAGCUUCCAUUGCUGUUGAUCGCCAACGCUGGCACCCCUGGGGCGGGACACACAGACAAGCUGGGCCGUCUAAAGGAGCUGUGUGAACAGUAUGGCAUGUGGCUCCACAUAGAAGGGGUCAACUUGGCCACCCUGGCUCUGUGGGAGGUCUCAUCCCCCGUGACGGCGGCCACCAGGAGUGACAGUAUGACCCUGACCCUGGGUCCGUGGCUGGGCCUGCCUGCUGUCCCAGCUGUCACCCUCUACAGACACGAGGACCCAGCCCUGUCUCUGGCAGCUGGUUUGACCUCCAGUCAGCCAGUAGAGAAGCUGCGUGCCCUGCCUCUCUGGCUCUCCCUGCAGUACCUGGGCCAGGAUGGGAUAGUGGAGAAGAUUAGACACUCUGUAGAGCUCAGCCAACAGCUUCUGGAGAAACUGAAGACUCUGGCUUCCAUAAAGACUUCAGGUGUGGUGUCUCUCUCUCGGAUCCCGCCGAUCUCAGGGGGCUCUCUACGGGACUUGCUGGGCUCUCUCAUUCUGUCUAUUGUGGAGGAUGAGCUCAACUCUCCAGUAGUAGUGUUCAGGUUCUCCCAGGAGACCAGUGCAGAAUCCAGUGGUGCUUCUGUGGAGGGCUACUUUGCUGGAGAGAGAGAAGUGCUAGAUUCCCUCAACAGAUGGCUGUGUGAGCGGUUGGCACAGCUGGUGCCCGCCAGUGGGGUAGACAUAGUGGAGUUGGAGGACGAGGGCACCUGUGUCCGCUUCACCCCUCUUAUGACCGCCGCAGCCCUGGGGACCCAGAGGUGUGACGUGGAUCUGCUGGUGGAGCGGUUGACUGAGCUGGUUCCUGUGCUGAACUGUACGCUGCGUCUCAGACUGGACUUCAGAGAGGAGGUGUACCGCCACUCUGCCCUCAGUUACGUAGAGGACCUCAGCUGGCCUGGCCUGGGAGCCGUCAGGUAUGAGCCGAGGGUUGAGGAGCUGACCGACAGUAAAAGAAAGCUGGAGGUGGAGAAGAUCAACAGUGAGCUGCUGGUGAAACUAGGGGAACUGGAUGCAGACCUCAUCUUCUCCACCGGCCUGGAGUUCGGACCCGAGAAGGACUGCAUAUUUAUUGGCAUGGCAACGGAGGACCUAGACGUGGCAGAGCUAGUGGAUACGAUAGCCGACCUGGGGAGGGACAUAGAGGAGAACGGCAGGCUAUUAGAGAACAUGACAGAGGUGGUGAGGAAAGGCAUCCAGGAGGCAGAGCUCCAGCUCCAGAAAGACAACCAGGACAAACUCAUGGAGGAGGGUGUGUUGAGACAGAUUCCUCUGGUCGGUUCCGUGUUGAACUGGUUCUCUCCGUUCCAGAGCACUGUGAAGGGCAAAACCUUUAACCUGGCUGCAGGUUCCCUGGACUCCACAGAGCCCACCUACUCCAUGAAGGCCCAGACAGGUGGGCUGUCGUCGCCAGAAACCCCUACCUCCUCUGCCAAGAGACUGCCAGGACAGAGGCUGUUCCGGCGCGAGGGUGCGGGGGGCUCUGACUCCCACAGUGAGACCAGCUCCGUGGGCCAGGCUGAGGAUUUCUCCAGGGAGAGGUUCCCACAACCCACCACACCGUCCCCUGUCCCAGACGAGGCGGUUUCCGUGGUCCCUGAGAGCCCAGAGACCCCCCAGGUGCCGGCUGAACCCGAGCCCACGCAGGAGAACGGUGAGGUUGGUACACAAGAGGAGGAGAGACAGCCUGAUGGCCAGGACGCACCAGUGGAGGAGACAGGCAGAUAGGACAGCCCUCAGAGCAGCGUUAUUUGAAACCAGCUCUGAAAGGUUCCAGGCCAGUCCAGCAGGUGUUGCAGAGCAGGGAUUCAUUCCGUUCUCAAAUAAUUCUCCCUUGCCUCUUUUCUUGACAACUGUCUCCUUAUAGAUCUAAAGGGACUGGAAACUGUGAUGAGAGCUAAUUAGACAGCAAAGGCUUCACUUAGCCUACCAGAAGGGUAGGGAGUGCUUUUGUCAUUGUAUCUCUACUUUAUUCUUUCUUUCCAGUCCCUUGAUGACUGGGAGAGGUCAAGAACAAAGGGAAGGAACCAGGUUUUCAGAAUGGAAUCCAGCCUUAGUCUCUAGGGUUGUGUCUGACUGUCUGAGGACUCGAUCAUUGUGGGUUAAUAAAUAACUAUGUAGGAGUAGGACCUAAGAAUUCUGGUCAAGCAGGAACGACACCUGAGGCAGGGAGUCAAAGGUGAAGGGUCGUCUGAGUACUUCCUGGUUCAUGGCCUCCACUACUUCAGUCGGUCUCGUCAUGGCCCGGAGGUAAAACAGCUUAUAUGCAAGCCAAGUAACAUGUGACUAACACUGGAAAUAAAACCAUUUUAUUUUGUAUGUAAUGUAUGCGCACCUAUUUCUAUCCACUCAAUCACCAUCAUGAUCAGUAAAACCAGAUCUAUAUAGAGGGAAAUGUAGUAGAAAAAUGAAAGCAUACUGUGAUAUGAAUUGAACGAGAGAAUACACACACCCACCUGCUUCUGAUCUUUAAACACACCCACAGUAUAUGUGCACUACCCCAAUAGACCCUCCACGUUUUGUCAAACACCCUCCUGUUAAUUUUUUCACAUACUUGGGUCUGAUUGGUGUAUGUUUUUUUGAAACAAUAUAAAUGUAUGUUUUUAAUAAUAUGACCAAUGGGGCUAACAUUUCCUUACAUUCACAAGCAAAGUCUUGCUUUACAUGCAUUCUGAGGAAAUAGUUUUUUUUUUUUUUUGCCCCAAAAAUAUAGUGGCUGUAAGUUAUGUUGAUGUUUCCUGUGAGAAAGACAUACUGUAGCUAUUAUAAUGCCUAGACUGAUGAUAGCAUAUUUGCAGGUUAAAGGAUUUGGUUUCAAUGCAGGGCUGUUUAAAAUAUAUAUAUAUAUAUAUUCCAUUUAUUACUGCACUACCUUAUUUAAUGUUGCACAGUAUUUGUUAAUCAACUUUUUCAAUUCAUUUAUUUUUUAAUUCUCAAUAACAGUCUAUAAUUUGUUGCAAUAACUACUUUGAUGAAGAAUUAUGAUUCCUGACUUGAAAUGACACAACAAUAUUUCCAUCCUGCUUCCAUUAUGAUCUCUGAUUUCACAUGCCCUUUGUCAAGGAUCCAGUUUUAUGUUCCUUCUAUACCAUUGUCUUCAAAAGAGAGAAGUUAUCUAGAGAAUUUAACUAUUCUCGACCUACAGUUCUAAGGGGGUUUACGACAUGUUUUGUACACAGUUGUAAUUAUUGAAAUGAUAGGUGUUACAUUCUCGUUGUCCAAUCAUAUUUCUGCUAUGGAGUCAUAAAAAUUGGGAGAACUUUAAUGACCUAGGGUGUCAGUAGACUACUGACAUUACAAUGACUUUCAAAUGUGAUGAAUCAUUUGCUUAUAAAACUGCUUUUGAAUCCACUGUACAACACUGUGCCGUUAGACAUUGUUCUAUCCAAAGCAGACAGAAUGGAAUGAGCUUCUACUUUCUCUUAACUUAGGAUGUGCAUUUAACUUGAAAAUACAACCAUAAUUGUUGUCUUCUGAAUUGAUACUAUAAAGAUGAGCUUGGUUCAGUGUACUCUGUUAUAAUUUCAAUUUGUUGUAUAUCUGUUUAAUGUCAUAAGGCUUUGUUAUUAUGUCUUUAUCACCUUACUUUGAGGACAUUGUUUUCAUGUUCAUUAAACAUGUCUGUACAUGUUACUUUUUAUUCCGCUCAUAAUCAGCAAUUCUGGUGCAAUCUACUCAUAGCAAAGGAGAAAAAUAACUGAUAUUUGUUGAACCAGGAGCGUUAUUUUUGAUACACCAUUAAUUUAGUUUUCUGAAGUGAAAAUAUUUAAUAGAUUAAUGUUUUAAGGACAUGGGUGGUUGAAGUACUUACUGCACUAAUCUCAUUGAAGUUCAAUGCCUGUUUCUCAAAGAUGUCUGAAAAAACACUGGUCAAAUGUAAUUUCAUGGGAUGGAAAGAGGGAUGUACUGAAUAAUCCAAUCAGCUUUAUUAAAACAUGAAUUAAAACA